AUGGGUUAUCACCUUACUGAUGGCAUAUAUCCAAAGUGGGCAACAUUUGUGAAAACAAUCUCAGCUCCACAAGGACAUAAGCGAAAAUUAUUUUCAGCAGCCCAAGAGGCGUAUAAGAAGGAUGUUGAGCGUGCAUUUGGAGUGCUUCAAGCACGUUUCGCAAUUGUCCGUGGACCUGCACAAUUUUUCCAUCUUAAAAUACUCCAAACGAUCAUAAAAGCGUGCAUAAUUCUCCAUAACAUGACUGUUGAAGAUGAGCGGGAUGAUAAUGAAGUGGUAGACUUGGAUUAUGAACAAAUUGAUGGAGUGGAUAAUCCUUCUAUGCAAGUGUUACGUGAACAAAGUGAUGGAUUUAUGUCAUACAUUGAGAGGUAUAGGCGCAUUAGAGACUGA